AACCGCUGUGUGUGAGCUGACCUUAACUUGGGGUGGGGUUUCACGCGUGAUCAAUUGGGUAAAACGGGUCAAUCUGGCAACCUGAGCAGCAGAAAACGGAGACUAGCCUGUGGAACGUGACAGAGGAGUCCAGUGGACGACCCGAGCUCCCCAUGUAGCCCAGAAUCAGUCUCUAGGCUUUGUUUGAGUGCUCUAUUCAACCUUAAACCACUUCUUCUUGCAUGGAUACGAGUUCCUUGGAAAGUUUGGAAUUUUUUCGUAGUUAAAGAGCUUUUUUUGGACACAUUGGACUGUGCGGUUUUUAUUUUAUUAUUUUUUUGGACACAUUGUUAGUGCCGGAUUGGACUGUGCGUUAGUUUCGGGAUGAGCACCAGUGAGGGUCUGUUUUUCUCGGCUUUGCAGCCGCACACAGCCGUGAGCACAUACGCCGUACCGAAUGACCGCGAGCUCACCGCGGACCGGCAGGCCAAAGAGAAGCGCGUGCAGCAGCAGGUCCAGCAGAGGCUCGCGGAAAAAGCGUCAUCAGAAUAUAGUGGAAUAUCCAUGAAGAGGUACGACAGCCAUGGGACUGGAAUCAACUCUAAGACGCUUAUGUACAGUGGCAGCAGACUAACAAGCCCACGUUUGCAUCAGGUUCCUGGAGAGUUCUCCUCGCGCUCAGCUGUGGAAAUGGGCACGCAGCGCAAGGUGAGCAUUGGCACCCCAGUGCCCGCUGUUGUGGGCAACCCGUACAGAUAUUAUGAUGACACCUACAAUGGAGGGCAUCUUAUUGGCCAAGUAAAUCGAGUGGAGCAGGAAGCAGGUUUGCAAUUAAUGCAAGGGCAGCCUUCUCCCAGUGGCAACUGGGUAACUCAGGAGGGUAUGACCUCGUCUGAGCAUCGCUCCUACUAUGGCCAUAGCCCAUUGCCCAGUGUGUCACCUAUGAGACGCAGCCUCAGUGGUACGAUAGUGCAUGACGGUAUUGGCAGAGGAUGGAAGGAAGCAGAGCUUGCUCAUCAGUAUUCUUCCAAAGGCCCAGCCCACCGUACCCUGAUGCGCAUGAAUAACCGACAGACACAGCACCAGAGGAUGGGCAACAGCACUAUUCAGUGGCAGCAGGCGACUGCUGGGGGCAGCACCAUGAUGGCCGGAGGGCAGUAUCCUAGUACGAUAAGGCGAGCAGGAUCAGUGCACAGUCUGAAGAGUGUGGGCCGAGGAGUGGAUGUGUGUGAUGCAGUGGUCGAUGGCAGGGACAUUCCUGGAGGAAUCCACAGCCUGGACAUGUCGACUGCAGUCAGUUAUCUCAGCUCAGCAGAUGUUUCCAUGCAAAUGCUCGGAGCUGCCUACAUUCAGCAUCAGUGUUACCAUAGCAAUGAAGCCAAAGACCUGGUACGAAAUCUGAAGGGGAUCCCCGCACUGGUGCAGCUAUACAGCAGUGAGAACCAGGAAGUGCAACGGUACGCUACAGGAGCCACACGCAACCUCAUCUAUGAGAACAUGGAAAACAAGUCGGCUCUGAUCGAGGCUGGUGGUAUCAGCAAAUUGGUCUCUGCACUGAAAGAGCCAGAUGAUGAACUUCGCAAGAACGUUACAGGUAUUUUGUGGAACUUGUCAUCUAAGGACAGUUUGAAGGAGAAGUUGGCGAGGGAGAGUCUAGCCGAGCUGACUGAGCGAGUGCUGAUUCCUCUCUCAGGAGGUGGAGACACUGGAGUUAUUCAGCAGAGCCAGUCUGAAACAGACAUAUUCUACAACACUACAGGCUGUCUUAGAAACAUGAGCUCGGUGAAUGGGAGGACCAGGCAGCAGAUGAGAGACACUCGUGGCCUUGUGGACUCUCUUGUAGGAUACAUACAAAACUCCCUGCAGGAGGGCAAGGCUGAGGACAAGGGUGUAGAGAACUGUGUGUGUGUCCUGAGAAACCUGUCCUACCAGCUGUACUCUGAGAUCCCCACAUCAGUGCAGCAGCGUUUGGAGGGUCCAACACGAGCUCAGCACACACGACACAGAGACGCCAUCGGCUGCUUCACUCCACAGAGCAAGAAGACAAAGGAUAAGAGGAACCACGAGCUGGCCACGUUGUCCGAGGUAGCUCGAGUACCAAAGGGGGCUGAGUGGCUUUGGCAUCCUCAGAUAGUUGGGUUAUAUAACCAAGUGCUGCAAAACUACGAGAUGAACAACACUACCCGUGAGGCUGCAGCUGGGGCCUUACAGAACAUCACAGCAGGGGACAGCCGGUGGGCGUCGGUGUUGAGUCGUGUAGCUCUGGAACAGGAGCGGAUGCUACCUGUGAUUCUGGAUCAGUUGAGAACCCCAACCGACGCUGAGCUGCGUUCUCUUACUGGGCUGUUGAGGAAUCUGUCACGGCACUCCAAGGACAAGGCAGAUAUGGCGACGAAAGUGGUGAAUAUCCUCGUGCCCAAGCUGCCUAGUGAUGGGCAUCAGAAAGAGCCAUCCAGCGAUGUUGUAGUCAACAUCUGUGGCAUUCUCAAUAACCUGGUCAUGGCGAGUUCACUGGCUGCAAGAGAUGUGACUUACUUUGAUGGAGUGCCCAAACUGGUUGGAAUCAAGACGUCUCAUGACAACAGUCCAGGGAAGGUGAAGGCAGCUAAGGCCGCCUCCACAGUGCUGUGUAACAUGUUUCAGUACAGCAAGCUCCAUAAAGACUACAAGCAGAAGGGGUUCACCAGACGAGACUUCACUGAUACGAUUUGAGUUAGUCAUGCUGAGAAAUACUGAAUUUCUGGACCUGCGUGAAGCUUAAAAUUAACACGAAUAACUGAGACAUCCACCAAGCUCAACAUGACGUGAGGCGUUCAGAGGAUGUGCGUCUAAUCUUUGGUCUGAGCUUGAGUGCUUUUUUGUUUUGGUUCCUUUUCCCCAAGAUUGAUUGCGGUGGAGUUCUAGGAAGAAGACUUUUUUUUUUAUUUGAGUGGGAUGAAACUGGAUGGAUAUUUUGGAUUAGCACCAAUUCAUAUAAGGAAUAAUGAACACUGUGGACUGUUUUUGCUAACUCAAUUCAGCACAUGCAUAGAUCCAGCCAUGAUCACAAUGAAGAAACUGAUCGGGAAAAGAAUUGUCAUGCUAUGUCAAGUAGCCCAUAGUGUGUUUGUGUGUGUGUGUGUGUGGAUGUGUGGAUGUGUUAAUUCUUUUAUCUGUCAGUAGACAUGACUCAACAGUGUUGAAAUAUGCUAGAUGUUGUUUCCUACUAUCUGUGAUGAACAUUUUCAAUUGUUUUGGUUGUCACAUUAUUUUAGAAUUUUUAGAGUUGUAUUAUAGUUAAAAAACCUGUAAAUUCAUAUUUGUUUCCUGGACAAUCAGAAGGAAAUAUUCUAGUAUUUUGAACUGGGAUUGAAUCUCAGUUGUGCCCUUGAGAAAUACAAGAGGCCAUGUCUCAUUUGGGAUGGGAUUUAGUGUUAAGCUUGCACUAUAGCCCUCCUUUGUGAAGUGAUGUACUUUUGGCCAUCCACCUAGUCACAUGGUUAACAUUUUCUUUUAAGCAUUUUGAGGAGCUUAGCGGUUAAAAAAAAGGAUGUGGUGCCUAGUACAGUCAUGCACUUACAAAGAUUUGGACUUGGAUUUGAAACAAAAGAAAAGGUAUUUUAAAUCAAGUUUAUUUGCUCCUAAUGCUUGAUUAAUUGCUGUUGCUUUUUCUGUAUCACUCUGCAAGCUUUGCUGGUUGAUGUUUAUUAAUCUAAGAGAUUUGAGUGUUAUUUUUUUUUUGGUUGUAGAAGGGUUUCAGAUUACAGUAACAAAUUACUACUAGUAUAGCAUCUGUAGCCGAACAGACUGACUUAAUACCGAAAUGAAAGUAUUUUAUGAGAGACUGUAAAGGUACCUCAACAAUAUGUUUAUGUUAACACAUCUUAAAAACCAAAAAUGCGGCGUCACGUUGCCAAUUUACACAUUACACAUCUAUUGUUUUCAGACGUCUAUAAUUAACAUCAUGAUCAUCUCAUCUAAAAUAACUGAACAAAUGAAUCUUCACUACAUUAGUCCUGGUAAUAAAGUCUUCCUUUGUUAGUGUUUACUAAAA